AUGGUCCCGAGGUUGGGAGACGACCCGAAACUCUUCAUCAAAAAUCUGCACUUUGAUGGAAUCCCAGUGAGAGUGUACCAGCCAAGAGCCCCCUCUGCUGGGGGGAGGAAGGGGGUCAUGUUCUUCCAUGGCGGGGGAUGGAUGUUUGGAAGCAUUGAUUCCUAUGAUGGUCUGUGCCGGUACAUCUCCAAGGAGGCGGAGUCAGUGGUGGUCUCUGUGGGUUACCGUCUGGCUCCAGAACAUCGGUACCCAGCAGCGUUUGAGGAUUGUCUGACUGCCACCAUCCACUUCCUACAGACUGCCGAGGAAUACGGGGUCGAUGCUUCCUCAGUCAUUAUCAGUGGGGACAGUGCAGGUGGUAACCUCACAGCUGCCGUCUGUCAGGCUCUGGUGGAGCGGACGGAUCUUCCGAAGCCUCUGGCCCAAGUUCUAAUAUAUCCUGCAGUCCAAGCAGUUGACUUCCACUUACCGUCCUACACACAAAACAGGGCAGUCCCCAUCUUGUAUCGGGAGCGAGCAGCCUUCUACAUGAUCAACUACAUGGAUGGUGACCUGUACAUGAUGGAAGACGUUCUGAAUGGAGACCAUGUCCCCGUGGAAAUGAAAAUGAAAUUUAAGAAGUGGUUGGGUGCCGAGAACAUUCCUGAUGAAUUUAAGGUCCGGGGGCGUGACCUCCGAGUCAUGACCUCCCACUCUGAAGACGUCUAUGAAGCUCACAAGAAGGCCCUUGAGCCUUAUUUCUCUCCAUUGCUGGCUGAAGAUUCUGUGAUUAGCCAACAACCAAAGACUUACAUUUUAACAUGCGAGUUUGAUGUGUUGCGUGAUGAUGGGAUUCUGUACAAGAAACGCCUGGAGGACCGAGGAAUCCCAGUCACCUGGUACCACGUGAAAGAUGGCUUCCAUGGCAUUGUCAGCUUCUUCGACAGUGGCAGACUUUCAUUUGAAUCUGGGAAGCUUGCUGUAGACAACAUAGUGAGUUUUAUUAAUGGGAUUUGA